GCGGAAGAGCGUUAAGCUUGAGAAGUGUUGCAAUGUAGGGUAGCUUCCAGUUUAAACCUUUUCUGUGUUCUUCAUUACCGAGUGUCUCGACUUUUCUACUAUUUUGUCUCAUUUGAUAGUUUGUUUUUCUGGGGGAACACUGAUGAAGAGUUGCUUUGGUUGAGUUAUAAACAAGCAUGUAUGUGUUAAAUUUUGGACAGAAAGAUUGAGUAAUUGCAGUAAUUGUGUCUAAUCCAAUGAAAUGCUGCAGAACUUUGUGUGUGUAUGUGUGUGUGUGUGGAUAAUAAUUAAUAUGGUCUAAGUAAAUGUGUCUGUCUCCCAACUCCAAUUCACAUUCAGCUUACUGUUGAGUCUAGGAGCACAGCAAAAUGAAAUUUGACAGCAUACUUCAAGAAAUUAAUGGAUUUGGAAAAUUCCAAAUCAAGCUAGUCUUGAUUCAGAUGAUUUCCCGAAUUGUUCUUCCAUGUCACUUCCUGCUGAAUAACUUCAUGGCGGCCGUUCCCUCUCACCACUGUGACAUUGCUGCUCUGGAUGAUGGAGAUGUUUUUAGGAAUUUAACUCAGCAACAGAAAUUAGCUGUUGGUAUUCCUGCAGACCAGGAUGGGACACCAAGCUCCUGUCAGAUGUUUUCAAAGCCACAAUAUCAGCAUCUGCUAGGCUCAAACAGGAGUGAGGAUGCAUUCACUGUUCAGUGUCAGAAUGGAUGGGUUUAUGACAACAGCACAUUUAAAUCUACUUUGGCAACAGAGUGGGAUCUUGUGUGCAGCAGAAAAGGGAUGAACAAGGCAACAGCCACCGUUUUCUUCAUUGGUGUUAUGUUGGGUGCCCCUUUAUUUGGGUUUCUCAGUGACAGGCUUGGUCGACGGCCGCUCCUCUUGGUAUCUUAUUUGUCAUCCAUGACAUUUGCAGUCCUGAGUGCAUUCUCCACAUCAUAUAUAAUGUUCGUCAUCAUGAGAUUUUUCACUGGGAUGUCACUGGCAGGAAUAACUAUCAUUACUAUUGCUCUGAACAUUGAAUGGUGCGGCAUUGAACACAGAACCUUUUCUGGUGUAAUUAUAAGCCUGGAUUGGACACUUGGAAACUGGUUUCUGGUUGGAAUUGCAUACUGUGUUAAUGAGUGGCGGAUGCUCAUCCUAGCAGUGACCUCGCCCCUCAUACUGUCUGUCAUCGCUUGGUGGUGGCUUCCAGAGUCUGCAAGAUGGCUCUUGGCAAACAGAAAAGCAGAUGCAGCCCAUCAUUACAUCACAAAAUGUGCUGAGAUAAACAACAGAACCAAAUGUAUGGCCAGCGUCACGCCAAGGGCAUUACUGGAAUCCGCACAAUCUGAAACUAUAGAUAAGAAGUACACUUUUUUAGAUAUUUUCAAGACUCCGAAUAUUAGGAAACUUUCUAUAUGCUCUGGGGUAGUAUGGUAUGGAGUCGCGUUUACAUAUUACGGGAUAACCUUGAAUAUCACUGGGUUUGGACUAAACCCAUACCUUACGCAAUUCAUAUUUGCAUUGAUUGAAAUGCCAAUGAAGAUUGGUGUGUACUUCUUCCUGGAGAAAAUUGGUCGACGGCCUGGAGAGAUGGGAGCCCUGCUGUUAACGGGUUUCUGCCUCUUCAUCAACUUGUUUGUUUCAAAAGAGAAGUGGGUCAUUCGCACUGUUGUGGCAGUUCUUGGAAAAGCAAUGUCAGAAGCGUCAUUCACAAUCAUGUACCUCUACACAACUGAGCUCUAUCCUACAGUUGUACGACAGAAUGGCUUAGGCUACACUUCGUUUGUGGCACGUCUCGGUGUGGCCAUAUCUCCGCUCAUCGUGCUUCUGGAGGACGUGUGGCAUCUCCUCCCUGCAGUCACUUACAGUGCAGUGGCGAUUGGAUGUGGUUUAGUGGCUUCACUCCUGCCUGAAACAUUAAACAGCAGACUGCCAGAGUUCAUCGAAGAUAUUGAGAAACCAAGGGUACAGUCAACAAGGAGGAAGGAGAUUCAAUAAAAACACAUUUAUUUAGUUAUUUAUAUUUAGUUUGUCCAAAGUAUGGUGUUAUACAAUUUAUAAGAUUUCUGAAUUGAUUUCAAGUGAAUAAUCAGAUUAAAAAUUAUAUAAUAUUUAAUUUAUAAUAUAUUAUAAUUAUAUAUUAAUAAUGAAUAGUGAGAUGUAUUUGUGUAUACUGAUGGCAAGAAAAAAAAACUAAAUGAGCACACAUAGGCUGUACACUUCAAAUUGAAAAGAAUUAGACCACUCUAAACAUUUUAGACAGCUCUGGAGGAGCUCAGGAUUUAUCAGGAGAACAGCUGAUUGAUUAAAUUUUAAGAGAUGAACCUGAACAAACUACACAUACAGGGAUGCACAGCAUCCCUCAGUUAAAUAUUGAUGUAUUUAUUCAUAUGCAGUCAAAUGAAGCUGUUGAUGGGACUGAAUAUGGGUUUACAACGGAAGCAAGGUGGAUUUUAACACAUCCAGAUGUUAAAUGUAUUGUCUAAAUCAUGUACAAUGCAGAAGACUGCGGAAGAAGUGUAACUGUAAAUGUAUAUGUAGCAAUAAAGUUAUAUUAAAUGAAAACGCAAAUGUUGGUUUUAUUGGAAUUAGCAUCUUAUGGUCCUACACUUGAUUAAGUUUUAUUAUGUCUUGCUGUCAUGACACAGGGUGCAU